AUGCCAAGUGCCGGGGUCAAAAUAUACAUCGGCAAUCUGCCAGAUAAUUCAAAUCAAGAAGAUAUCAAGGAUCACUUUUCGAAAUAUGGUACUGUACUUAACAUGGAACUUAAAGGAAACUACGGAUUCAUUGAAUAUGAAGAUCGUCGCAUGUGUGAAGAAGCUAUCAGUCAACUACAUGGUACAGAAUUCAAAGGUUCUCAACUUCGUGUAGAAUUUGCUCACGGCGAAAAAAAUGGAAACAUUAAUUUUAAUAAGUACAAAGAAAGCAAAUCUAGUGACACAUGUUUUAAAUGCGGACAAGUUGGUCAUUGGGCAAGAGAAUGUCAUAGAAGAAAUUCUGAUGCAUUUAAACAAUUGAUGUCAUUUAGUAGUAACGUUCGUGAGUUUGGAUCUCGUAAACCUGGUGGUAAUCGUUAUGAAGAUCGUCGUAACAAUGAAACAUACACUAGAGAGCCAUACAACAACAGAGAUAACCGAGAUAAAUAUGAUAGAGAUGAACGAUAUCCUCCUCCACCUCCUCUUGAACGUGGUGGAUAUGAACGUCCUUAUGAACGUUAUGGAAGAGGCGAGCCACCUGAGGUUGAGUACAGAAGAGAGUAUCGAAAUUAUGAUAGACCUUAUGAUCGAGAAAGAGACAACAGACCCUAUGAUAGACCUUAUCCGGAACAUUCUAGAGAUGGGUAUGAGCGUGAAAUAUAUGAUCGUAGACCUUUACCACCUCCAGAUGUUCCUCCAUAUCCUCCUCGAGGACAAAUCAAACACCUACUCACCUACAGAUCAGGAUUCUCAGUAAAUUCGUUGGCGUUGAAUAAACAAAUAACUUGCCAUAAGAGCAAUAAGAGCUGUGCCGAUGAUCGAUCCCAGAACUAUGACUCAAGUCCAGCCAUUGAGAGUCGAAUAUCGGGAGUUGAUGUGGUGAAAAGAAAAAGAAAAGAACGACAAGGAAUAGUAACUUUGUCGUCUCCGCCACCUAAAAAGUCAAAGAAACCAGUGGAAAAUUCUAAACUUAAUAGCAUCAUUAAAAAUGAGACUAUAGUUGCAGCCAAGCAGCCAGAGAUCAAAUCAUUUGAACAAAACUGGAUCUUGGCAACUAUAGUCAGAUACAAACUUGAGGUUAAACUUUAUGAGGCCGUGGAUGCAGAUCAAUUUGAGGCAUCCAAUAGACAUUUUAAUGUACCAAAUAAAAAUGUUCUUCCAAUUGCAAAUAAAGGGGAAAUUAAAACUAAUGAAUUUACAAAAGAUCACCCUGUCCUUGCAUUGUACCCAGAACAACACGCUUUCACAAGCAGACUGUUAUUACUUGAGUUUGAGGAUGAUGGAAGUGCUCAGAGAUAUGAAGAAUCCCAAUAUAUACUUGAUAUUCCAAAAGGAGAAGUUAAGAACAAAAGAUUUGUAUCAAGAAUUUGGCUAGU